GAUUAUCUUCCUGGGAAACGUCGCUCUUUGUAUAUAAAGAAUAUCUCACCGAGUUGCUGCAACUGAGUUUAGAAUGUUACUUGACUUGUGAUUCUGAUGGAGGAAUAACCAGAUCUCAGGCUGCUGCACUGGAAGACUUUACAGGAAAUACAAAAUGUCAUCUAAUAGGAGUCAGAACCCGCAUGGACUUAAACAGAUCGGUCUUGACCAGAUAUGGGAUGACCUAAGAGCUGGAAUUCAACAGGUUUACACCAGACAAAGUAUGGCAAAGUCUAGAUACAUGGAACUCUACACUCAUGUUUAUAACUACUGUACUAGCGUACACCAGUCUAAUCAAGCACGGGGAGCUGGAGUACCUCCUUCUAAAUCAAAAAAGGGCCAGACACCUGGAGGUGCUCAGUUUGUCGGCUUGGAAUUGUACAAACGGCUAAAAGAAUUUCUGAAGAACUACUUGACAAAUCUCCUUAAGGAUGGUGAAGAUUUGAUGGAUGAGAGUGUGCUGAAAUUCUACACUCAGCAGUGGGAAGAUUAUAGGUUUUCAAGCAAAGUAUUGAAUGGGAUAUGUGCCUACCUCAAUCGACAUUGGGUUCGUCGUGAGUGCGAUGAAGGUCGUAAAGGAAUAUACGAAAUUUAUUCACUUGCCUUGGUGACCUGGAGAGACUGCUUAUUCAGGCCAUUAAAUAAGCAG